GGCCACGGCCCGUCUAGGGCUGCCUUAUCUUGGCACCAGCGGCCGCGCAGGCCCCGGUAUAAAACUGGGGCUGAUUUCGCACCGUGGCAUCGGGCCUCUUAUCAGGUCUGUUCCAAUACACCGUACAUUGCAUAGUCACCACUGAGGCCUGAAACCCCGGCUCUUCCAUCCAAGCCCCUGGUGCCGUUUCAAACUCUGCGUCUGCUUCUUACCCCAGCUCCCCGCUUCCCCGCUUUUGCCCUUACAUACUGCAAAGUCUGGUUAUGUUCGUGAAGCUCAGCUACCAGUAUAAAUACGUCUUGUCAUUUUGAUCCGCAUCAGACCAGCUGAGGCCCGCCAAAAGACAGAAACAACAGCUGAAACAAGAAACAACAGAAACAAGAAACAGCAAAACGAAAACAGCAAAACAGCAAAACAAAAGCAGUGAAACAAAAUCAGCAAAACAAAACCAGCACAACAGAAAGAGCAAAACAGAAUUACCAAUCGUCUCCCGCCCAGAAAUGCAUCCUGUGCCAACGGACCCCCUAGCCGAUAAAAAGCGCCGCUUUUCCCGCAUCCGCAGGUUGACCUUGGCCGACGCCCCGCUCGCUGCCCGCACAUUGCACGGCUCCUUCGGUACCGAUGCCCUUGCCUCGCUUUUGACGUGCCAUAUUACGGACCCCGAGCAGCGGCACGUGGCCGACCGCAAAUUGUACGAAUGCUACGUCAGACAGCACAUUGCCAAGGGCAUGUGCUUCGGCAUCGGCGAGUCUGCCGAGGGCUUUGAGACCGUGGCCGUGUGGUCCCAUCCCACCUCUGCCCGGGACGGCUUGGACAGCUUUGCCAAUUUGAUGGAGGCCGGGUACAGCGAGCUCUGGCAGUUGUCGGGAAACGAGGGCCAGGAGAAGAUCUUCAAGGGCAUGUUGCCUUUGUUGCACGACAGCUGUGAGCGCAUUCUAUCCAACGGGCGCUUCCGGGGCAAGGCCGUGUACACGUUGGUGUACUUGGGGUCCGAGGAAAAGGCCCGUGGCAAGGGCAACGUCCGCACCAUGUUCGAGUACAUGUUCGACACCUACAUCGAUGUGCCGGGCAACAACAACAUAGUGUAUUUGGAGAGCUCUUCCGAGUCCAACAUCCCGAUCUACAGCAAGUUUGGGUUCGAGUUCUACGAGGACAUCUGCUUGGGCUCGAGAGACAAGCCGGACGCCGAGGAGGGCGUUGAUUAUGCGAUCAUGAACGUGAUGAUCCGGGGCACCAACGGCGAGUCGUGGGACAUUGCCGGCGACCUAAAACAUUCUUCUGCGGCCCGAAAAAUACUGCUACUGUGAAAGGGUUCUGGAGAAGAGUGCUCUGUGUAGCCACACUUAGGGCGUCAGCAUGUUUAUUCUUUUGGAGCGUCAUGUUUAUUCUGUUGGAGCGUAUGCGUUGUGAACUCGAGAUAUUGGCCUGUGUGAUGCAUUGCCCUUCUUUUCAAGAACCGGGGUGAGCAGCUUUACUGCGAACAAUCUAGGGCUUCAGCUUCACCGCCUCUAUUCUAACUAUAGCGUAUAUAUUGUGGGCCCGAGAUCUCAGCACGGCCCGCGCCAGUCAGCAUCAAUAUUACAGACCGAGGCUCUCGGCCGUAUCUGCAACUAGCGUUCCACCGACUUUAACUUGUCAUCACUGAUGUCUGUAUAAAAACGUUGCAAUUAUUUGUCAAUGUCAAGCCAAGAUUGGACUUUGAACUUGAAGACUAUUUGCAGGCCCAAGUAAGAUUAAUCUCAAGUUCGUUCCUGUCCUACUCAGGUCUCCUCCCGGGAUU